AUGGGCGGCACGACGUCCACGCAGCAACAUCAUCAACUAUCGCAGCAGCUGUCACAAUCGCAGGCGCAGGUCGCUGCUUCCUCUUCCGCGCUGGGAACGCUCUCACCGUCAUCCACAUCCUACUACAGCAGCUGCUGCUCGGAUGUUGCCGCCGCCGCCUUGUCUUCGCUGAUGGCAACCACAAACCAGUUUACACAAUUUCAAAGCUCGCUCAACUUUACCAACAAUAACAACAACAUCAGCCACAACAGCAAUAGCAACUGCAGCAGCAGCACAAACAACAAUGUAAAUAGCUUAGAUCAUCUGUCAACACUGGAGAGUUCGUCCAAUCAGGCGACAUCGCAGCAUGCGGCACAGGACGACUCGGAAGCAGAGCAACGACAACAGCAACAACAACAACAACAUCAACAGCAGGGAGGACUUCCAGCUAUCUUGAUGGGUGCUAAUAUUCUAGAGAAUAGUAACAUUACAAACAUUAAUCUAAUUGAUAACGAUAGGAAUAAUGACUCUGACAGCAAUCACGGCAGUCAUCGGCGCCAUCGACACCACCAGCAGGAAGUCGAAACGAACGUAUCGGUUGUCGAUGACGAAAUCACCUGA